UCAGCUGAAAAGUUGUGAGAAAUGCUAUAAAAGACGAAUAUUCGAAUUACGACGAAUUACUUGUGUAUAAUAUCAAAAUGAGCACAAUAAAGUUAUCAGUGAUAUUUUUCCUCCUCGUAUUUACGAAUCUCUCGUUACAACAUGAACAAAUUCCAAAAGCCAAAACAGUUUUAGGAAGCGUCAGUGGUUAUUAUAAAGAGUCUCGAUCUGGGAAAACAUAUGAGGCUUACGAAGGUAUCCCCUAUGCAGAAAUUCCUAUUGGAGAACUUCGGUUCGAACCACCCAAACCUGUGCAGAAAUGGGAAUACGAAUUACCUGCAAAGAAAAAGGGUUCCAUUUGUAUACAGUAUCGUACUAAGCCUGGUGCAGACGGAGAUACAGUCUCAGGCUGUGAAGAUUGCUUGUACAUGAACAUUUAUGUAUCACUUAGAAACAAUACUAAGACUUUAUUACCAGUAAUGUUUUGGAUUCAUGGAGGAGCCUACCAAUUUGGUACUGGAAAUGAUCUAGACGAGAGUCAUUUAAUGGAUAAGAGUAUUGUAUUGGUUACGUUUAAUUAUCGUGUAGGACCUUUCGGUUUUCUUAGUACGGGAGACAAUGUAGUUUCUGGAAAUAUGGGAUUAAAGGAUCAAAGCAUGGCACUGCGCUGGGUAUCCGACAAUAUUAAGAAUUUCGGAGGUAAUCCGAAAGAUGUAACUUUAAUCGGUUUCAGUUCGGGAGGCAUGAGCGUUCAUUAUCACUAUCUGUCACCUUUGAGUGCUGGUCUAUUCCAAAGAGGUAUAUCUAUAAGUGGUACAGCACUUAAUCCUAGGGCACAAACAAAACGAGCUUCAGAGAAAGCUAAAAAAUUGGCAGCGGCAGUGGGGUGCCCAACUGAUAGUAGCAGUAAAAUGAUUGCUUGUUUAAAAAAGCGUCCACCACGACUCAUAUCACAAAACGUCGACAAGCUUUUGGUUUGGUUGAACAAUCCUGCUAGUCCUUUUGGACCAGUUGUGGAGAAGCAAGGAUCGAGUCCUUUCAUUAGUCGCUCUCCAAUUGAAAUUAUCACUUCAGGUGAGGUUCAAGAUGUUCCCUGGAUUACUGGAGUCGUUGGCGAAGAUGGAAUAUUUCAAGCUGCAGAUUUUGUUGAAGACGAUGAUUUAUUGAAAUAUCUAAAUGAUAAUUGGGACGAUAUCGCGCCAUACCUGAUUAAUUAUAACGAUACUAUUUCGCUUUGCGAGCAUAAACAAGUGGCGGAAGAAAUCAGAAAGUAUUAUUUGGGAUCAAAAAAAAUUGACCGUAAUACAGUGGCACCACUGAUACAAAUGCUCAGCGAUCGAUCAUAUGGUGUUGGCAUGGCGACAGCUGCUAAAUUACAUGCGAAAGUUAACAAAAAUCCAGUGUGGAGUUAUUACUAUACAUACAAAAUUAAAGAAGACCUUAGCUUUACAACUAAACUCGGGGUAGCCCAUGGAGACGAUAUUUAUCUUGUGAUUAAUAAAGACGCUUCGAAUAUGACAAAUUCAGAGGACCUAGCAAUGCAGCAACUUUUAUUUGAUUUUUACACUUCUUUUGCUAUUGAAGGAAAACCACGUGUCGGUGAUGCUAAAUGGCAGUCAUUAAAAUCUGGCGAGGAUAAUCUUUAUUAUUUACACAUAGCUGAUGCAAAAAAUGUGAAAAUGGAAUCUAAUGGAAAUUUUGCGCAAAAGAAAUUUUGGGAUACAAUAAAAUCUCACGAAAAUUAA